CCAGUUGAUGUGUCGUGUUGUUGCUUGUCUUGUUGCUUGUUUUUAUCAUGCCUCCUUCCUUGUCUUGUCUCUCUAUUCACCCUAUUCACCAUCAAGGACGCUCAUAUCUCCGUAGGGUUGCCGGACACAGCUGUGAUUGAGUGGCAUUGUUUUCGCUCGAUCAGACUGACUGGCUUGUCCUUCUCUCCUGUCCGAUCCAAGAUAACCUGAAGUGAACGAAGGGUCCCAUCAUACCCCCAUCUCCACCACCCACUUCGUCCCUUCGAGAUUAAGCGGGCUUGUCAAGACUCCACGGGGCACCGCUGGAAUCAUGCUGGAAGGCUAUUCGCCCGUGGCUCAAGCCUUUCAGGGUACCCUCUUUACUUGGGCCAUGACCGCGCUCGGAUCCGCAUUGGCCGUGGCCAUUCAAGGGCAGCAACGGAAACUUUUGGAUGGCAGUUUGGGCUUCGCUAGUGGCGUAAUGGUGGCGGCUAGUUAUUGGAGUCUCUUGGCUCCGGCCAUCGAUAUGGCCGAGCAAUCCGGCUCCUACGGUCAGUGGGCCUUUGUUCCCGUCGGUUUCGGCUUCUUCUUGGGAGCCCUCUUUGUAUUGGGAGCGGAUGUCCUCAUGUCACACCUGGGACUCCAUUCGCCCUUGGAUUUACUUCUGGCGGGCAAUCACUCCAACCAUCUGAAGGGGGACUCUUCGCCUUCGGGUUCACCUGUUCGUGAGGCUUCACCCCGGUUAAUGCCCAAUGAUGAUACGGAGAUGAGUGAGAGCGAAAUUCGGCGCCGGCAUCGGACCAUGAGUUGCGACUCGGCGGAAGAGGGUAUCUCGGCCCGAGCCAUUUGGAAUGUAUCGCAAGAGCGUCAAAUCCAAGAAGAACACUGGAAACGGAUCCUUCUUCUCAUUGUGGCCAUUACUGUGCACAAUAUUCCAGAAGGUCUGGCCGUUGGCGUGGGGUUUGGCGCCAUUGGCAAAUCUAAAACGGCUUCUUUUGAAAGUGCCAGAAAUUUGGCCAUCGGCAUCGGCAUCCAAAAUUUCCCCGAAGGCUUAGCCGUGAGUUUACCCUUGAAAGCGGCUGGUUUCUCCACUUGGCGAAGUGUUUGGUUCGGUCAGCUGAGCGGUUUGGUCGAGCCCAUUGCCGGCGUUUUGGGCGCUCUGCUCGUCACAGUGAUCGAGCCUCUCCUGCCUUAUGCCUUGGCCUUUGCUGCAGGCGCCAUGAUUUACGUCGUGGUGGAUGACAUCAUUCCGGAGGCUCAAUCGUCGGGAAAUGGAAAGGUUGCCUCUGCCGGUUGUGUGGUUGGUUUCAUCGUAAUGAUGUGACUCGAUGUGGGUCUAGGAUGAGCCAAAAUAUCAGAGCACGCUAUCUGUUGAUUCUUAUCCGUUGCCAGGGCCAAUUGAUGUGUGAUACCAUGUGCAUUUGGGCACGGUGUUGAUAACUAUGAGCAUUUGUUUCCAUGUUAUUGCUGGUUCUUCAGCUUCUCUUGUGAUAUUCUUUGAUUUAUUGUGAUAAAGCCCCUUCCCACCUC